GUCAGUUUCAAAUAAUUUCGUACAGGUAAGACACAAUUGUUAUUUUUAAUUUUAACGUUAAUUGGUCAUGCCGGUUAAAGUUUCAGUUUUGGGUCACAGUUAUGUCCGUAGGCUUGGGGAAGUCGUCAAUAGGAGGAAUUCUGGUUGGAAAAACCUCAGGUUGGACGAAUCUGAAGUUUUAUUAAAAUUUGUCGGGAAAGGUAGCGGCCGUGUGAACGAUUUAAUUCAGGGUCAGUUCCGUGAACAUUUGAAAUCAUUCAAGCCCAGUGUGGUUGUGUUACAAAUAGUAGGUAACGAUAUAGAUAGAACUGAGGUCGUACCAACAAAAAUAGCACAGCAUGUAAUUUCAAUUGCAGAAUGGCUUCUGUUAGGAUGUUCUGUACGGCAUGUUUGCAUUAUGCAGUUGUUGCCUAGAUUAGAAACUCGGUUUCUGCCCACGUCAGUUUACAAUCAAAAGGUCAGAGAGGUUAACCAAAGCAUCAAGUCAUUGGUAGCUGAUAUUGCUAAUGUGACCUAUCAUAAACACAGAGGUUUAAAGGAAAGUCCGGUAGAUAUAUUUUGCCGCGACGGAGUUCACCGGAACGCUUUGCACGGGAUCCCUAAGUAUUUGAGGAGCGUACGUGGGGCGGUGAUUUCAACAUACCGUACUGUCGGCAGGUGUGCCAGUAAGUAAAUAAAUACAUAAAUAAAAAUAAAGAGGAUAAUAUAAAAAUAAAUAAAAAGGAUAAUAUAUAAAAAUAAAUAAAUAAUAAUAAUAAUAAUAAUAAUAAUAAUAAUAUUAAUAAAAAAUAAUAAUAAAUAAAUAAAUUUAAAAAAAAACCACACAAAAAAACGGCUUCAUUGGUGUUUCCAGAUAUUUAUUGGUAUGUUUCCAGAUAUUUAGUGGAUCACAUGUGGGCUUUUGUGAGCUUCAUUGGUGUGUUUCCAGAUAUUUAAUGGAUCACAUGUGGGCUUUUGUGAGCUUCAUUGGUGUGUUUCCAGAUAUAUAGUGGAUGACAUGUGGGCUUUUGUGAGCUUCAUUGGUGUGUUUCCUGAUAUUUAAUGGAUCACAUGUGGGCUUUUGUGAGCUUCAUUGGUGUGUUUCCAGAUAUUUAGUGGAUCACAUGUGGGCUUUUGUGAGCUUCAUUGGUGUGUUUCCAGAUAUUUAGUGGAUCACAUGUGGGCUUUUGUGAGCUUCAUUGGUGUGUUUCCAGAUAUUUAGUGGAUCACAUGUGGGCUUUUGCGAGACACAUGUAGUGAUUAGUGUUAAUUAAUUGGCUUCAGUAAGCUUAACAGUGGUUGUUAAAAUUAUUUUUGUCUUAACAUGCAUUAUGUACAAAUGGGCCAGUGAGAUAACAACGUAUUCAUAUAGUUAAUGCAUGUAAAAAUUGUGUAUCAUAGAUACUUGGCAACUAUGUUAUGGUUUAAUGAACUUUUCUCUUUUUUUGAGCAUAAUGCCACCGCAAAGCAAACGAAAAUCGGCCGUGGGAAACAAGUCUCUAGCAAGACCAAAAAGGCGGCGGUCUGCAAGGGGACCAGCAACCGUUGAGGAGACUGUGGAGCCAUCCACAUCACAGAUGUCUGAGACAACAACAACGGGUCCAGAUGUGUCGGGGCAAUCCACAUCACAGAUGUCUGAGACAACAACAACGGGUCCCGGUGUGUCGGCAAUUGCUGCUGAGGUAAUACGCCAAUUGAAGGAAGAGGGUUUGGUCCUGCGACAAGCUCCGUCAGCAACAGGAACCAGCCCAGCUGCUGCUAAAGAUGUUAGAUCGGGGCCGCGUUUCGGGGAAGUAAUUUCUACCGCACCAGCGCCCAGUACGUCACAGGAACAGCCGACAUUUAUCACUGGUGCCAUAGAGCAACUGACAAGUGGCAUACUUUCACCAAGCAGCCCCACAGAUGGACAGAAUUCCAACCACAGUUCCGCAGCAGUUAUUGCGCAUUUAAACGAGACAGUCCUUCGACUCAUUGAUGCAGCACUAACUGAUAAGUCUAAACAGUUAUAUCGUAGAGCAUUCAGUUUGCUACAACAAUUCAUACACACAACGUUGUAUAUGCAGUGCUCCAUGCCAAUUAGUGUAUAUACAGUGGCAUUAUUCAGUGCCCACAUGGUGGACAUUGGCUUUGCUAGUUCAACCAUUACAACUUAUAUGUCAGCUAUAGGAUAUAUACAUAAGUUGGGGGCCUUUAAAGAUCCCACACAGUUUUUCAUUAUUCGGAAAAUGCUAGCAGGAUUAAAGAAAAUAAAUAAAAGACAAGAUUUCAGGCGCCCACUGACAAAACAUAUAUUGUAUCAAAUUAUAAAUGCUCUGGAUGAAGUUUGUCCAACAAGAUACAACAAACUUAUGUUUCAUUCAAUGUUUUUACUUGCUUUUCAUGCAUUUUUGCGCAUUGGGGAAAUCACCUACAGUGGAACCAGUAGGAAUAUUCUACAGACAAAGAAUGUGCAAUUCUUCAAAAAGGGUUUGCAAAAUCCUUCCAGAGUGGAGAUACGUUUUCACUCUUUCAAGGGUCAUUAUCACACUGCCCCAAUUACCCUAUCUCUUAAUGCUCAAGCGAUAAAGGAAUUUUGCCCAGUACAUACUUUAUACAGGUAUCUACAUCUUCGAGGUUCUUCUCCGGGUUGUAUUUUUGUAUUCCCGGGAGGAUCUACGGUUUCUUACAGAUAUUUUGCAAUAUAUUGAAAAAUGCAUUGCUUGCAGCAGGAUAUAGGUCCGAACAUUACAAAAGUCACAGUUUUAGAAUAGGUGCUGCUAGCACCGCUGCUAGUCAAGGGGUAUCAGAGGCAGAGAUACAAGCUAUGGGCAGGUGGAAUUCUAACGCGUUUAAGCGAUACAUUAGAAUCCCAUCUUUCGAAUUAUGGUGAAUUACAGUUUACACUACUAUCAUACAGGCAGUGGCAUCGGAUGCAUGGCAUUCUUGUGGCUUACUGUAUGGAAAUCCUACUUUUACUGGUUGAAUGCAUGGGAUUUUCUUACUUUAAUAGCUAAAACUAACUUACUGCGUCGAAUGCAUGGCAUUCUCGUAGCUUCUUACAUAAAAAUAAAAAUGUGUUGAUAAAACAUGCAUUCUCACACCUCAGUACAAAAAACUGCGUCGGAUGCAUGGCAUUCUCGUAGAUUAUUGUAAAAGGGAACGUGUGUAUUUAAAGGUUCUUGUGAAUCAACCCUAGAUUGUAUCUACUUACUAUUAUUAAUAGCUUUAAUAAACCCAGUGCUGUCGUGGAUCAUUGUAUCAUAUUUUUAUUCUGAUGGGUGUUUCGAUUCAGGUUAGGCUGAUAUGGCCUUUUAAGUCAGUCAAACUGCUGUGGUUGGUGGUUUCUAGUUUCAGCUAUUGACGGCUGGCAGUAGCUUAUCUAGCAAGGUGGCGGAU